GUCACGAGGCAAACCAAAUCCACACAACCAGCGGCCCAAAGACGGCCACUCCCUCCCCCCGUUCCGCCCUCAUCAUCCAUCCCAUUGACACUUCCUCGCCGGCGGAGAUGGCGGCAAUGCGGACCCUCCACACCGCGCCGGCCUCUUUCAUCGUGACGCCCGCUCCUCAUCUCGUCUCCCCGACUCCAACCCCAAGAGCAGGUGCCCUGCCAGCGAAGGCUCCUCCUGCCGCGGCGGCCACUAUCCAGUCGCAUGCCCGGCCCCCCUUGUCGCCGCGCGUGGGCCGUCGCCGGCCGUGCGCGAGAGCCGCCUCGUCCGGCGCUGGUGCGGUGGUCGCGUCAGUGGAAGAUGCCAAGAGGGACGUGCUCAUCGCGCUCUCCCAGAUUAUCGAUCCUGAUUUCGGGACGGACAUCGUCUCGUGUGGGUUUAUCAAGGAUUUGGAGAUCAGCGAGACUUUAGAGGAGGUCUCGUUUCGUGUGGAGCUGACGACUCCUGCAUGCCCAGUCAAGGACAUGUUUGAAGAAAAGGCAAAUGAGGUCGUUGCAGCACUUCCAUGGGUCAAAAAGGUCAAUGUUACAAUGUCUGCACAACCUGCACAACCAGUUUAUGCAGGGGACCUCCCAGAAGGACUAAAGAAAAUUUCAAACAUCAUAGCAGUCUCAAGUUGCAAGGGAGGAGUUGGAAAAUCUACAGUCGCAGUGAAUCUUGCAUACACCUUAGCUGGUAUGGGGGCCAGGGUUGGGAUUUUCGAUGCCGAUGUCUUUGGUCCAAGCUUACCAAAUAUGGUUUCUCCAGUGAACCGGCUGCUAGUGGUGAACCCAGAAAGCAAAAGUAUUCUUCCGACUGAAUACUUGGGAGUCAAAUUGGUGUCUUUUGGCUUUGCUGGACAAGGAAGAGCGAUCAUGCGUGGUCCAAUGGUUUCAGGAGUCAUUAAUCAGUUGCUGACCACGACUGACUGGGGCGAACUUGACUAUCUUGUCAUUGAUAUGCCUCCCGGAACAGGCGAUAUACACUUAACACUCUGUCAGGUAGCUCCGUUGACUGCAGCUGUGAUUGUUACUACCCCUCAGAAGCUGGCUUUUAUUGAUGUUGCUAAGGGUGUUCGGAUGUUCUCUAAGCUUAAGGUUCCAUGUGUUGCAGUUGUUGAGAACAUGUGCUACUUUGAUGCUGACGAAAAGCGCUAUUACCCAUUUGGAAAAGGUUCUGGAACUCAGGUUGUGCAGCAGUUUGGAAUACCUAACCUCUUUGAUUUGCCAAUACGGCCAACUCUUUCGUCUUCUGGAGAUACUGGCAUUCCUGAAGUAGUGUCUGAUCCCCAAGGGGACGUUGCCAAGAUAUUUCAGAAUCUUGGAGUAUGUGUUGUUCAACAAUGUGCUAAAAUUAGACAACAAGUUUCAACAGCAGUGUCCUACGAUAGAUCAAUUAGAGCAAUCAGAGUGAAAGUGCCAGAUUCAGACGAGGAGUUCUUCUUGCACCCAGCAACAGUCAGACGGAAUGACCGAUCUGCUCAAAGUGUGGACGAAUGGACCGGAGAGCAAAAAGUACAAUAUGGCGAUGUACCUGAAGACAUCGAGCCUGAAGAGAUACGGCCGAUGGGCAACUAUGCUGUUUCUAUAACUUGGCCUGAUGGAUUUAGUCAGAUAGCACCUUAUGAUCAACUGGAUAUGCUUGAGAGGUUAGUGGAUGUUCCUCUUCCAGCAACAGCUGCAGUGGCCUCUUCGUGAUAUAGUAGAGAUAAUGUUCAGCCAUCAAGGACAAAGAAAGAAAAAACUUUAUAAUUCAAUAGGCUCAAGGAGUUUCUAGGCCUACAGCGAAUUUUGUGUGAUUAUUGUAACAGUGUAGAAAAAGCAAUGUUUAUUCCAAUGUGAAAUUAAGAUGUUUGUCUUCUUACGUACAGAUCGCUUAUGUGCUCUGAAAUCUGAAACCAUGGUUUCUGUGAACUUAAGUGCUCAUAGACAGUACACUUCAGUUGAAUUCA